GAGAGGAUCGCGGCCAUGUGCGACGGGGACGUCCUGAUCCUGAAGAACACUCGGUUCUACAAGGGAGUGACCAAGAACGACCCCGAGAAGCAGGACCACCUGACGAAGAAGAACGAUGGGGACGUCCUGGUCCUGUUGCACGAUGGCCCCGAGGAGAAGCAGGUGAUGAAGUGCGAGACGCCCUCGGAGGUCAAGCUCAAGGAGCCGCACCCCGAGGACGGCGACAAGCAGAAGAUCGGGGACGUGGUGCAGGAGGGCAUCGACAACCCCAUCCUGAUGAAGACGGAGGUCCACGCCAACGACAGGUACGCCCUCGGCGACUCCGAAAGCACGGGCGAGCUGAUGAAGAAGUACAUCAAGUGCGACCCACACUGCAACGCCACCGAGGAGCAGGAGGAAGCCGUGUCGGCCUCGAGCGACGGCAACGAGCUGGCCCUGAAGAGGCCGCCUUGGGAGUGCGACUCCGACGACGACGACGCCGCCCUGCGCGCCGCGAAGCUCGCCUUCCGCGCGCGCUGA